AUGAAGAUAUACGUGACGCUCGUUUCCGUGUUGGCUUUUGCGGCAAGCGCUCACCCGACUGCAGACACGGGCGUUAACCUGCAUGCCAUACGUCAGGACGAUGCUGGGUCGUAUGCUAGGUCAAUGCUCACCGACCUUGAGGCGGCGUUUACAGUCAAUAAUGCGAGCCUGCCAGAGCUGGGGUUCACCAAAGAGUGGCAAUAUAUUUGCAGCCCAAAUAUUUGGACAGCAGACCAAGUUGCAUUCUGGCAUACAGGGACGAUCCGCCACGAUGAUGUAAGAAGUUUGACCGCCUAUUAUGUCCCCCAUGUGGAAACCACUGCGACCAAUACAGGACAUAAAAAGGACGUCAAAAUGGUUGUCACCAAAUCCACCACUACUUUGCAGGUAGAGACUAAGGGCUGGACGGUUAGUGCAAAGCUUUCCGGCACAGGUGGCAAAAAAGACGUGGCAGGCGGUGCCGUCGAGGUCUCUGCAUCGUAUUCAAACACAAAGUCCAACACCCACACGGAAACAAAUACAAUAUCCCACGAGGCGUUCUGCGAGCCUGGCUAUGCGUGCCGAAUUGAAACAUGGGCAUUCCAUUUAGGUUUAUAUGCCAAACCAGCUCACUGGCCGUAUUAUCAGUUGUGGAGUCUUGUUUAUGGCUAUGACGACGAACGCUACCUCUGUGACAUGGAUGUCCACUUGAGAGAUUGCGACCAAUUUACAGAUAGGCUCAACAAGUGGUGCGAUCCCAAAGACGGAGGACUGCUGGACGAUAAGGGUGGCUAUUGGGUUAGCAUGCAACCCAAGUACUACGAUGUCGAGAUCAAGCUACCGGUAUACGAAGAGAAUGGGUUUCAGCCAAUGAGUCGAGUAGUUUUAGUCUCGGAGCCGAUCUCGAAGAGGUCGAGGGACGUGUCAGAGGUUGCCAAGGUGGGAACAAAGAAGGAUAUUACGGAGGCCAUGGCGAAGGGGAUUAAGUACCAGUUUCUUGACUAG